GAACCGGAAGUACCAAUAGUAACGUUAGUUCGUUUCUCCUUGUAAACUGAAAUGGGUCAACCGCUGUCAGAAAUUUCCAAGUAAGGUUACAUAGCAACACAGUAAAAGUUAAAAAGUAAGGCGUUUCUAAUUAGCAAACCGUCUGAAAGGGGACGGAGACAUGAAACGCGAUGUUAGGAUACUCCUUCUGGGAGAACCCAAGGUGGGGAAGACUUCUCUCAUCAUGACCCUGGUGGGGGAGGAGUUUCCUGAACAGGUGCCCUUACGCGCGGAGGAGAUCACUAUACCUGCAGACGUCACACCUGAGAAGGUGCCCACUCACAUAGUGGAUUACUCAGAGACUGAACAGACUGACGAGGUACUGAGAGAAGAGAUUGUUAAGGCCAACGUUGUGUGUGUGGUGUAUGAUGUUACGCAAGAGGAAACCAUUGACAAGAUCAGAACCAGAUGGAUUCCACUGGUGAACGGGGGAGCAGAAAAAGGGAAAAAAGUUCCCAUAAUCCUCGUGGGGAACAAGUCUGACCUGCGCUCGGGCAGCUCCAUGGAAACCAUCCUGCCAAUCAUGAAUCAGUUCUCAGAGAUAGAGACGUGCGUGGAGUGCUCUGCAAAGAACCUGAAGAACAUCUCCGAGCUGUUCUACUACGCCCAGAAAGCUGUUCUGCACCCAACCGCUCCACUCUAUGAUCCAGAGGACAAACAGCUGAAGGCACUGUGUGUUCGCGCCCUGAGUCGGAUUUUCAGCAUCUCGGAUCAGGACAACGACCGGCUCCUGAGUGACACAGAACUCAACACCUUCCAGAAAUCAUGCUUUGGGAAUCCUCUAGCUCCUCAGGCACUUGAGGACGUGAAAACAGUCGUCUGGAAAAACACCAGCGAUGGGGUUUUGGACAACGGCCUCACACUCAAUGGCUUCCUGUUCCUAAACACACUCUUCAUCCAGAGAGGCCGCCACGAGACCACCUGGACCAUCCUGCGUCGCUUUGGCUACGAUGACACACUCGAGCUUACAGACGACUACCUCUACCCACAACUGAGAGUGCAACUAGGCUGCUCUACAGAGCUCAAUCACCUGGGCCACCAGUUCCUGCAGAAGGUCUUCGACAAGUAUGAUGAGGACAGGGACUGUGCCCUCUCUCCGGCCGAGCUGAAGAAUCUCUUUAGUGUCUUUCCCUACAUGCCCUGGGGCAACGAGGCCUACUCGUCAGUCAAGACCAAUGACAACAACUACGUCCCACUACAGGGCUUCCUCUGCCAGUGGAUGCUGUGGGCCUAUGUGGAUGUCCAGCGGUGUAUGGAGUAUCUGGGUUACCUUGGUUACCCCAUUCUCACAGAGCAGGACUCCCAGACUACAGCAAUCACAGUGAGCAGAGAGAAGGCCCUGGACCUGGAGAAAGGGCAGACGCAGCGUUCGGUGUUCCUCUGUAAGGUGAUUGGUCCACGGGGGACAGGAAAAACCAACUUCCUGCAGGCCUUCCUUGGCCGGAAUCUCACGAGAGCAGACGUCUCCUCAGCUGCCGUCUCUCCCUACGCCAUCAACUCUGUUCAGGUUAACAAUCAGGAGAAACACCUCAUUCUGUUUGAGGUGGACGUUGAGACGGAGUUCCUGAAAGCAGCGGAUGCGGGCUGUGAUGUUGCUUGCCUUAUGUAUGACACCACAGAUCCUCAGUCCUUCAGCUACUGUGCCAGCAUCUACAAGCAGCACUACAUGGACAGCGGUGUGCCGUGCGUGCUGGUCAGCAGUAAAGUGGACGAGGCGGAGGUGGCACAGCAGUACGGCAUGACGCCGGCUGAGUUCUGCUACAAGCACCGCCUGCCCCCACCCAUGCCCUUCACCCGGCUGCACCCGGACACACGCAUCUACUCCAAGAUCACCUGGGCCGCCAUGUACCCGCACCUGAACGGUUCGGAGAUGAGCAGCACCUCCUUCUGGUUGCGGGUGGCACUGGGCACUGCCAUGGUUACCGUGCUCGGGUUCGCCCUCUACAGAGCCCUGAACCGCUCCAAAUAACACACGCUCUCUCCUCUCCUCUUCCCUCUCUCUCUCCCUCUCUCCUCUUCCUCGGUCACUCCAUCCUUCCCCCUCUCUCUGGCUCAUCUCUCUUUCAUUGAUAUUGCUUCCCAUUCUUAUCUUUCCCUCUCUCCUCUCUCUCUCCUUUUCCACAUCAUUGUUCUCUCGCUCUUUCUCUUCCUCUCUCUGCCCCCCCCUCUCUCUCUGCCUUACUGCGCUGAAAUGAGGCUAAACCAAGCGCUAUUGUUGCUGUAGUUCAGGUAGCCAUGGUUACCAUUGUGAUGAGUACAGUACCUACAGCAUGGACGGGACGGGCAUUUUCGACUUCCGUACUUCCUCUCAAACACAAACAUGUAUGUGCACAUACAUACACACAUGCACACACGCACACACACACACACACACACACAGUGUUGGCCACCACCAACAAAACAAACUUUUGACCUCCAACCUGACCCUUGGCCUCCGGACCGGACAAUGCCUUUGCCAAAACAGAAGACUGAGCUCAUCAACAUAUCUUCGACUGGAAUAUGAGAUUAGAAGUGUGUGUGUGAGAGAGAGACUGAGAGUGUGUUUGAGCAUGUGUGUGUAUAUGCUUUUCUUUUUGCCUGCAUCAGCAAAAUGGACAGUCGCUGAAUCUUUUUGACUUGUAGAUGGGGACCGGAUUCAAUAUCACCAUUUCACACAAAGGUCAAACGUUAUGGAGACCAAAUAAACCACAAUACUGGAUAUGUA